UGUGGGAAGAGUUGUGUGUGUUUUGAGUUUCUUGCGUUUUGUCCACACAUAGCUUCCGUUGUGCAGUGAUUCUCCUCUCAUUCCCACAGCAAGUCGAUCUUCAGUGUGUUAAAGUCUGUAAAUUGUUAACUUGGUUUCCAAAAAGAUCUGUCUUUUAACAGUCCUUCCAGUAAACACACCAACUGAGCAAGAAGCUUCCUGGUUCUUUAUUGGAGAUUGUUAACUAUCUGUAAAGCUAGUUCACACACACUAGUAUAGGCAGAAUAGUAAAAAGACAGAUGGAAGGUCAGCCAAAAGUCGUUACAGAAGACAACACUGCUGCCCCGGACCAUCAAAGUACAGUUAGCAAUAUUGGUGACCUGUGGGAAAUGAGAUCGAACUGUUCUAACAUAUCACGAUUCAGUCAGUGGUCACGGGCCAGUCAAAGGUCCAACACAAGCUUUUUGGCAGCAAAAGCACACACUAAAGCAGCUGCCACUCAAGCACAGGCAUCAUAGGCUGUGUGACACGUGUCCCGAGCUCUCGUCAGCAUCGCCCUGGAAACUGAGCAGUCACACCUGCACCUGCUCAUCACGGACUGAGCAGCCACACCUGCGCCCCAUCAAGCUCUGCUUAUGUAAACCCAGCAAACGAACGCAGAGGUGAGAGAUGUCUCCACAAGACUCGGCUAACCCCUUACUCUAUUGUUCCUACAGAGAGCAGUGUGUGACCGCCAGCCCCACCUCACACGGGAGAGCACUGACCCACACCGCACCAAACCGCCUCACACCAACGCCUUUGAGCACCAAACCGCACCAAACCGCCUCACACCAAUGCCUUUUCACCACCCUUUCCUAAAUAAAAUCCACCAAAAUUUCACAUCACACUCGCAGUAUCCAACCCCAGUUACUACUUCAGCCACUCUCUAUGAAUGAGUCUGCCCCUUUCCAACCCAAGCUAUUGUCUCCACCCCCUGUUGUCAGUGCAAAUGAGUCCAAUCCCCCAGCCACAUCAGACUAAGCCAAAUAUUUGGUUCGCAGAGAGUUGGUUAGCUCAGGGCUCCUGACAUUUGAUGAUAAGCCUGAAAAUUAUUGGGCUUGGAAGGCAUCUUUUGUGAAUGCUAUAAUAGGACUCUAUUUAUCCCCAAGAGAGGUGUUGGAUCUCCUCUGCAAAUGGCUAGGCCCCAAAUCAUCAGAGCAAGCGAAACAAUUAAGAGCUGUACACACCUAUGAUGCCACAGAUGGUGUCAAAAUGGUAUGGCAAAGAUUGGAGGACAGCUAUGGGUCCCCUGAAGUGAUAGAAAAUCCUUUCUUGAAAAAGUUGGAAGAUUUUCCCAAAAUCUCAGAGAUUGAUGCUGCCCGUGUAGGUGGUCUCCUACCCGGCCUAAGUUACCUAGAUAUGUCCCGGGGCAUCAAUCCUAUUGUUCAAAAACUCCCAUUCCACCUCCAAGAGAAAUGGAUUACUUCAGCAUCCUACUACAAAGAACAACACCAUGCUUCAUACCCACCAUUCCCUGUUUUCGUGAAGUUUGUGUGUGACAAAGCUAAAACCCUCAAUGACCCAAGCUUUGCCCCCUUACUUCAUACCAGCCCAAGUGUUUAUAGGCCUGAAAGACUGAACAAGCCCAACUUCAAAACUGCAGUAUCUGUUCGAAAAACUGAAAUAAUUCCUUCAAAAUGCUAUUGUGAAUCCUGUGAGCAAAAGGUGGUUGACCCAGAUAAACUGUGCCUGCUUCACUACAAACCACACUCUCUCCGCAAGUGUCGUGGUUUUAGAGCAAAGACCUUGGAUGAUAGAAAAGCUAUUCUGAAGGAAAAGAACAUUUGUUACAAGUGCUGUUCCUACGUCAACCACAUGACAAAAGACUGUAACACAAGUGUACAUUGCAAUGAGUGUAAAAGCCACCACAUAACCGCACUGCACCCUGGACCAGCACCCUGGAAAGCAGAAACUCAAGGCUGUGCAACCCCAGACUGGCAUGGCGGGAAGCAGCCAGAAAGUCCUAUCCAAGCCAUUGUGUCUAAAUGCACGGAGAUCUGUGGCAAAGGUAACAGCUCACGCUCAUGCUCCAAAAUCUGUCUAGUAAACAUUUACCCUGCUGGACACAAAGAAAAAGCAGUGAAAGCUUAUGCUGUGUUAGACGAGCAAAGCAAUAGGUAUUUAGCAAAGACAGAAUUCUUUGAGAUCUUUAAUGUUAAUUCAGGGACCAAAGUUUACACCUUGAAAACCUGCUCAGGUGUGGGAGAAACAAGGGCACGCCAAGCUGAUGGCUUCAUAGUAGAGUCUCUCGAUGGCAACAUUAGCGUCCGGCUUCCCACAUUAAUCGAGUGCAACAUGAUCCCAGAUGAUCGAUCUAAGAUCCCGACACCGGAGGUCACAGAACACCACACUCAACUCAAGCAUUUAGCAGACAAGAUUCCAGAUUUGGACCCAAAUGUUUCAAUACUAGUCCUCCUCAGUCGGGAGAUACCGAGAGUGCACAAGGUUAGAGAACACUACAACGGCCCCAUUAUCGCCCGGCUUCCCACAUUAAUCGAGUGCAACAUGAUCCCAGAUGAUCGAUCUAAGAUCCCAACACCGGAGGUCACAGAACACCACACUGCUCACAUGCCAAGCAAAGUCAGUGUUUACCGCACUACAGUGUUGUAUAAUGGACGCACAUCUCUCUUGGACUCUUGCCCCAACUCAAUCCAUGUCAAAGAAAAGGUCCUGAGCAUCAACUCCCCAUUUAACUCUUUGAACAUGACCAGCUUGAUUGCCUUAGAUGAAAACGAUUGUCUCACCAACAAAUUGUUCAUGAGAACCCCACAUGAUGACAAACCCGCCAUGUCAGUGCUGGAUGAACUCUUCCUAGAGAUCAUGGAUGAGCAAAUGUUUAUGGCGAGUCCAACAGCUGGGUGGCGCCACUACCCUUAA